AAAAUAAAAGAUAUGAAUAAAUAAAAUAAUUUUCCACAUUGAUGUUUCUAACCAUAGAAGUCAAAAUUUCUGAACUCAAAAUAAUGUGAAAAUCAUAGUUUAGUAGAAUCAUUGAAUUCAUUUUGGAGUCAACUAUAAUUCUAUCAAGUUAAGAAUAUAUAGUGCCAUUUGCAAAAAUCAAGCAAAUUUUUUUAUUGUAGUUUGUAACCAAAUCAACACUGAUCCUUUGUUUUAAACAAUUUUUUGUGAGAUUAAUGAAAAUGAGGAGCCAAUAAGUGCUCCUCAACUAUACUCCUUGUACAUACAAUAAUUAUUCAAACAGUUCCAUUACAGUGCAUAGCUAUGAAAUAUUGAUUAGAUAACAAUAAUACAUAUGUAUAUAGUUGCCAUCAUACUUAUAUACAUAAAUAUACAUAUGUACUUUGUUCCAGUAUAUUAACUUGUACGAAAGUGGGUUUAGUGGAACAAAUAAGUAGUAGCAGACGUAUCAGAAUACAGACAGUGUUACAUUUACUUUGUCAGUAAGAAUUAAAAUAAAAUGCAAAUAAAUAUUAUACGUAUUAUAUUUAUUUUUGCUUCGUUAUUUACGGGUAUUCUUGGACUAUUACUCAUUUCUAUGGAAGCCUACCUGCCUGUUUUGAUAACUCGUUCUUUUCGUUACGGUAAAUACUCCAUUAAUUAUCAAUCAAUAAUUAAAAAUGCAGAAGUACCUAAAAGAUGGUUUAAACAUUUUUAUGUUUUGGCUGCACCUCUUUCAAGCUAUGUCUUAUAUUCGAUAAUUUGUAAAUUUUUAUGGACGGGUAAUAGUUCCAAAAAUGUUAUAUGGAUAUUAGAUAUAUGUUUGGGAUCAUUCAGACAAGCACUAGUAUCACCAGAAAGUACAUUUAUAGCAACUCUGGUUUUAACUUUACACUGCUGGAAACGAUUUUAUGAAACACAUUUUGUAAGUAUCUUUAGUGAUAAUAUGAUGAAUAUUAGCCAUUAUUUAUUGGGAUACAUACAUUACAUAGGAUCUUUGGUAUGUAUCAUAGGUGAAUCUGAUGGUUUUGUUGAAGGUUCAGAAGGAAACUUUUCCUGGAGAAGAAUUACAUAUUUACAAUUAAUAUGUGCUAUUAUUUGUGUACUAUCAUCAUAUGUACAACUCAGGACAAAUUUUAUUCUUAGUAACUUACGAUAUAAUAAAGAUAGAAAGAUUACUUCCACAGCAUAUAAAAUACCACAUGGUGGUCUGUUUGAGUAUAUAUCAGGCUCAUUGCAAUUUACAGAGAUAAUUAUUUAUAUACUACUUUCUAUUAUCUUAUGGCAAAGUACUAAUUUUCAUUAUAUUACACUUUGGGUAAUAAUUAAUCAGACUGUUACUGCUGUACUGACUCACAAAUGGUAUAUACAAACAUUUAAAAAUUAUCCAAUGUCGCGAAGAAUUCUACUUCCUUAUAUUUUUUAAGUAUGACAAAAUUCUAUUUAUUAUACAUAUAAUGUUAUUACAGAAAUCUUAAUUAUAUUUUACGAAGCAAUAUUAUAAUUAAAUGAAAGAAGUGAAGUAGUCAUAUCUUGUUAAUAAUGUAUAUCUUUUUAUAACAUUUGAAAUAAAUUAUAUUAAGCAAUA